CUGUCUGGCGACGUCACAAUGAGACGUUUCAGUCAUGAAAGUUCUAACAUAAUCGGAGAUGGCGCCAUGUAGGCUUACACAGCUCCGCCCACACUGUUCUCCCGUGUUCCAUCUGCUAGCUCCAUGGCCUCGAGUGCUCCCAGUUUCCUCUGGUUGGCCUAGUCGCCUGUCCGUCACCUAGUAGAUACACGGAAGCGUGGCGCCGGUGCGGUUUUCUGCCUAGCAACCACGAAGCCGGCUUUAAAGCGGUAAUUUCGGCUCCGACAGAGCCUGCUCUGUGUUGCCCUGCUAAAGUUCCUUUUGGAGUUGUACGGUCCGGAAGAACCAUAGAGGUCGAGGCGGUCGGUCCCCGGGCGGCUGACUGGAGCCCGGACACAGGCACGGAGUCGCCCUCGCUGCGGCCGGACUUGGGGGAGGAGUCUAGUCCCCCUACUGAAGCGAGGGCUGCAUCUCGGAUUGGGAUCAGCACUAUGGCAGAUGAAGCAUGCCGGACACGUAGCCAGAAAAGGGCUUUGGAAAGAGAGGUGACACAAAAUGACGUAGACAAUAAAAAAAUCAAACUGGAGAAAGGACUUUUAGAUGGGGAUCUUAUGAUCAAGACCGAGUCUGGCAAAGUUCCUGGUCUGCUAAAAAGUGGGGAGGUGAAAGCAACUAUUAAAGUGGAGGUACCGACUGGAGACGAACCAAUGGAUAUGAGCACCGCAAAAAGUGACAUGACGAGGGAAAAGAGCGUACCUUCCCCUGAUGAUGUUAUUGUGUUAUCUGAUAACGAACCUUCCAGUCCACGGAUGAAUGGUUUAUCUAGGCAAAUAAAGGAGCCACACUCUGAAACCUUUCUGCUUUUGCAGAAAAGCAGCCCUGAAGAAAGAGAACGGAUUAUCAAGCAACUAAAAGAAGAAUUACGGUUAGAAGAAGCAAAACUGGUGCUACUUAAAAAGCUCCGUCAGAGUCAGAUCCAGAAGGAGACUGCCCCACAGAAGGUGACAUCACGCAUCUCUGGCACAGUUAUACCUCCUCCUCUGGUACGAGGUGGGCAACAGGCGCAGUCUAAGCAAUCAACACAGAUAGUCAUGCCACCUCUUGUUAGAGGGGCACAGCCCAUUUCUGUCUCUCCUCAGCAGAUACACAACAUCAGGCAACAUCCAAGCACAGGCCCACCUCCGUUACUGCUAGCUCCUCGUGCUUCAGUGCCCAGUGUGCAGAUGCAAGGUCAAAGGAUCAUCCAGCAGGGUCUGAUACGGGUGGCCAAUGUGGCAAACACAAGCUUACUAGUGAACAUACCACAGGCAUCCCCAACUACUUUAAAAGGUUCAGCUGGUGGUGCUACCAACCUUUUGUCAUCCGCCAAUGCAAACGACUCCCCUGCUAGCCGGCAAGCAGCUGCCAAACUUGCCUUACGAAAGCAGUUGGAGAAGACCUUGUUGGAGAUUCCCCCACCCAAACCACCUGCCCCAGAGCUCAAUUUCCUACCAAGUGCAGCCAAUAAUGAGUUUAUCUAUCUGGUGGGACUUGAGGAAGUAGUGCAGAAUCUUCUGGAGUCACAAGGUAAGACUGUUUCGCAACCCCCUUCUCAUGAGCCUUAUAGUUGUGCCCAAUGCAAGACUGACUUCACCAGCCGCUGGAGGCAUGAGAAGAAUGGGACCAUCAUGUGUGAUGUGUGCAUGACCUCUAACCAAAAGAAGUCACUGAAAGCUGAGCAUACCAACCGACUGAAAGCUGCCUUUGUUAAAGCUCUGCAACAGGAGCAGGAGAUCGAGCAAAGGAUACUACAGCAGAGCUCUUCCCCUGCACAGAUCAAGACAGAACAUUCUGUGCAGCAUCAUACUCUGAAACAAAGCCCUACACCAAUAUCCCGUGGAUUGUCGGGGACCACACGAGGCGUCCUGCAUACGUUCCCCACUACGACCAAGCUGUCCAAUGCAGCCACCAUUGCCAACAGACUGGUUAAGCACGGAGAGCGUCCUCUGAACAAAACCAAUAUGGGACAUGGAAACUGGAAAAAGACCCAGAUUAAUGCAGGGCAAACUACUAGUCAGAGAGUCAUAGCGACACAACAAUCAAAGAAACAAUCAGUGGAGAUGCACAGGGGAGGAACAUUAGCCUUUGUUAACCCUGGCCUUGCUGUGCAUAAGUCUACAGCUGUGGAUCGCCAACGGGAAUACCUCCUAGAUAUGAUUCCUUCCCGCUCAAUCACCCAGUCCUCUACGUGGAAAUAAUGAAUACAUCCUCCAGGAGUGAGAUAAAGACAAAGAACAUAAAUUUAGUGAACAUGAGACAAGAAAGGACUGUUUACCCAUACUGUCCUUUCCCUCCCUCCAUGCGCAGAAGGAUGACCUUGUCCCAACGCCUUUCCUUUACAUUUUUACUACAUAUAUAAACAUUGAUAGCAACCUGCAAGUGAGGUGUUGGGUGUGCUUUGGUCUAGAAAGGAGUUCACAGGAAAAAGAGAGCCACUUUUGUUUUUGUUAAUUUUUGGACUGGCUGGCAAGUGUCAUGGAUUUUCAUAAACUCCAUCAUGCUCCAAAAACAUUUUUUUUUCUUCAAUUAAUUUCCCUUAAUAAAAACUACUUCCCUCUCUGAUGUAAAAGAAGGCAGCAGAGAGUUCUCCACAAUGCAGUUUGAAGAUAUAACUGGAUUAUUAUUUUUUUUUUUUUCUUGUAAAUUUGAGGGAGUAUUUUUUUUUUCUCUUUUCGCAUGGCUGAAUAGAUCAGGUCCACUUCUGAUUCUGGAGCAGAACAGGUCCAGUCAGAACAAAAGCAUUUGUUAAAUGCAUCAAAUAUAGUUCUAUUUAAAUAGCUCUAUGGAAAAAAAAAAAAGUUUUAUGCCCCACGGAGUGUGUUGCUGUGGAUGGCCCAUUUGUAUGACAUUCAUUAUCUGAAGAAGGAUAUUUGAAUACGACUCUUUCUGCUCUAAUCCAAUUUGCUUAGUUUUCACUGGACUCAAGCUUGUGAAGGGUUAGAGGACAUUUUGUGAGGUUGGUUCAGGCCUCUGUUUUAGGUAAACUGCUGCAUUCUAGAAUUUUUUGAUUUUCAGGCUGUUUCGAUGGCUGUCCUUUAUUCCUGUCUACUGACUUUGCAAAAAAAAAGAAAA